AUGGAUUCUCGACAAUUAGCAGCUCUACUCUCCUCUCUAAUCUCUCAACUCACCCUCUUAAUCCUCCUCCUGUACCCCUCCUCUCCCAUUUCCUCUAAUUCCGACUCCCACCCCCAUUCCCCUGAUUUCCAUACCCUUUUCUCUCUCCUUCACCACUUUCUCUCCUCCUCGGACGUCGCCGCUACUAUCUGCCGCAAACGGAGGCGUACCCACGUCUCCGAUCACGAUUCUGACCCGGAAUCCCUUUCUGGGCACUCCAAACUCGGUCGCCUCGCCCGAGUCAACUCGGCCCUCGUUAAGGACCCUGGUUCAUUCCGGGCCUUCUUCAAGAUGACGCCCUCCACCUUCGAGUGGCUGUCCGGUUUGCUCGAGCCGCUUCUUGAGUGCCGCGACCCGGUGGGACCUCCCCUGAAUUUAUCGGCUGAGUUACGACUCGGAAUUGGGCUGUACAGGUUGUCAACCGGGUCGGACUAUUCAGAGAUCGCGCACCGGUUCGGGGUCACAGACCGAGUUGCCAAAUUCUGCUCCAAGCAACUAUGCAGGGUAUUGUGUACCAAUUUCAGAUUCUGGGUCGGGUUCCCAAACUCGUUGGAGUUGGACUCGGUGUCCCAAAAAUUUGAGAACAUAACAGGGUUACCUAACUGCUGUGGAGUGAUCAGUUGUACAAGGUUUAAGGUAAAAGAAGAGAGCAUAGCUGCCCAAAUCGUGGUCGACUCGUCGUGUCGAAUUUUAAGCAUUGUGGUAGGAUUCCAUGGUGACAAAAGCAACACAAGGGUGUUAAGAUCAACAAGUUUGUUCAAAGACAUACAAGGAGGGAAAUUGUUGAACUCAAACCCUAAUCAAAUUGGAGGAGUUAAUAAUCCUAUACCUCAAUAUUUAGUAGGAACAAAUAAUGAAUACCCUUUACUACCUUGGCUAAUGAUCCCAUAUAAUGACCCAAUACCAGGAUCAAAUGAGGAGAGAUUCAAUGCGGCCCUUGAAGUACCGCGAAUUUCGAUGUUUAAAACGGUUGCUAGCUUGAAGAAUUGGGGUAUAUUGAGCAAGCCAAUUCAGGAGGAAUUUAGGAAUGCUGUUGCAUAUGUUGGUGCUUGUGCUAUACUUCAUAAUGCUUUGUUAUUAAGGGAGGAUUAUUCAGGCUUAUGUGAUCAAAUAGAGGAUUAUGAACUUAUUGAUCAUGGGUUAAUUCAUAGAGAUUGCUCUAUAAUGGAAGAUAUUAAUAUUCAUGGGUGUGUUGUUAGAAGUGCAUUGGCAACAAAAGUUAACAACUUUCAGUGA